GUAAAAGGUGUGUCAAAGCUUAAACGGUAAUGUCCUCCGCUUCAAAUAUACGUUGUUCCUGUAAGUCCCUCCCACCGCUCCCUUUAUUUUAAAAUCUCUCUUGAAUGCUGCUCCAUUCCCAACUUCCCACCUUCCUAUGGACCCACCUUCUUCCCUUCAACCCCCCCAUCUCUCCGCCGCUUCCAACCACCAUGAAAACUCAAUCCCCGCCGUCGAUCAUAAUAAGAAGAAGGGGAAGAAAAAGCUAUUCAAGGACGCCGCUUCGGUCGCGUCCUCCUCCUCCUCCUCUUCUGCUUCCACUUCUUCGGGCUUCUCUGUAAGAGGACCCGCGCGCGUGACGGGCAAGCGCCGAGCGCAGAAGGUGGUUGUCAAUGCGGCGCGGCGGAGCGCUAAUUCCGAUGAUAUAGGGUUUCGGUUGGGGAUGUCAAUGGCGGUGUUUGUAAACCAGAUUCUGGAAAGGAAUGGUGAGCUAGGUGGAGGGAUGUCUUCUGAUCAUCUUGCUAAGAUAUGUGCUUCAGCUGUCAGAGGAUCGUUUGCUAAUGAUUUCGGGAACACGUUUGAUUGUUUUAUCCAGAACUUUGAACAAUCAUUUGGGAGCACCUUAAGAACUCUAAAGUCGAUCAAAGAAUCAUCCGAAGAUAACACAGGAUAUCUCUCCAGCAAGCAAAACAUAGAAGAACAUAGUCCGCGUGUCACUCAUGACGAACAAGAUGACUGUCUAAGAGGGGAAGCUUGUAGAAGCAGUUCCAGUACAGAAGAUUAUCACUCAAAAGAAGUGGCCCACACUACUGCAACUGAGGGUCGAUUAAAUUAUAGAGAUCAAUUGCAUCCGAAUAUGCUGACAAACCCUGUCAACCUGGAGGUUGCCCUGCAUGGCCAAAUCAAUCAAUUGACUUGUAUUCCCCUGAGAACUGUUGAACCUGUGACCAACCAAUCCAUGUUUAAUACUUUUGAGAAAUCUGUCAUGGAGCAAUCUCGUGCUAAUGAGCUGAAGAUUUGGGAGCUUGGUCUGGCAAUGAAGAAGUUGUCGUUGAAAGAGGAACAAGUGGCUCUAGGUCAUGAUUCAAAUCAUCUGGAGAGAUCAAAAAUAGCUAUGGGCACAUCAAAGGCAUCCUUCAAAGCUGAAAAAUUUAAGACUCAAUUAGAAGACACAAGACACUCUGAGCUCCUUAGGACGUGCAUUGACUGUCUAGUUACUGGGUUAUUGGUCAUGGCUGCAGCCCUGUCUUAUGGUACUUACAUAUAUUCAUACAGAAGAAUUAUGGAAGCCACUGCAUCAUGUACACCUUCAAAGGAUUCAAAGUCUUGGUGGAAUCCCAUGGCAUCUGUCAAUUCGAGCAUUCAAGUUCUAAGGUGUCAAGCUGAGGUAGUGAGUCGGAUGGUGUUUGGUUUCUUCAUGAUUUUUGCAAUUGCUUAUUUGAUCCUCCAGCGCUCGGCAGUUUCGAAACAGACAAUGCCAGUUACUUUCAUAGUCUUGCUGUUGGGAAUUGCCUGUGGUUGGGCCGGCAAGUUUUGUGUAGACACAUUGGGAGGGAGCGGAUAUCACUGGCUUAUAUAUUGGGAGACUCUGUGCCUCGUGCAUUUCUUCUGCAAUGUUUUUACAUCAGUUUUGUUCCAUAUCCUGCAUGGACCCAUUGAUGUGUCUCCAGGGACAAAAGGAAAUUCAGUAUUUCCUUACUGGAUACGCAGAUUGGUGUUCUACGGUAUUACGUUCCUGUUUCUGCCAUUGCUUUGUGGCCUUUUGCCUUUUGCAAGCCUUGCUGAAUGGAAGCACCAUUUCUUGCUGCUGGUUGCUGAUGUUGAUUACUGGGUUGGAACAGGAGGUAUCUUCUGACCGUCAGCAUGACUUUGUGAUUUCUCUCAUGCAUGAGUAAUUUAAGGGUCAUUUUGUAUAUUAUCAUUUUGAGUCCAAUGAAGUUGGAGAGAUAUGCUGGCAGGAGUUGGGUUUGGGUCCUUAAUUUGUAUCAUCAGAUAAUUUAAUGAAGAAGUUGUAAAAUCAUGAAUAUGUGUCUUAUGUCAAGCUGUCACUGCUGUAACGGGCCUAAACAGCGCUGCUUGCGUUGUAAUGUAUUUGUCUCUUGUAUCAGUAGCCAUUUUUCAUGUGUGAGUAAUUUAAAGGGGCCAUUUCGUGUUGUUAUCA